GGUGCAGCCUUCAUGCCAUGGCCUGCUUGGUCCCAGAAACAGUGGCUGCUGUGACCUUUAUGAAUGGUCAAGGUAAAUAUUCCAGGACUGGCUACCAACAUUUGGGAAACACAAGUCCACAGGGCAGCAGGAAGGCACACAAGGCUGGACCUAGCCCCUGCAUCUGGUCUGCAAGAAGCAAAAAAGACUGCUGCAUCUGUACAACACCAGUCGGUAAAAGAACCUUUUCUCCAGCCUUGCAGUUGUUCUCCCCCUCAAAGCUGUUGGUACAGGAGCCAAGCCCUGAUUUUAAAGUCCAAUACCAGCAGCUGGAAAACCUGGGGACCACCAGGGACAGAGGACAGUCAUGAAGGCCAGUGGAUCACACUGGCAACAAAUCUGGUGCAGGAUUAGUACCCCCACAACUGAGAGGCUUGGAUUCCACCUCUGCACAGUGGUGCUCCCCAGACCAGUGCCCUGGGUUGGUCCAAGACCAGGGAUCUGGGGCAGGGGUAGAGACUGCAGCCUUCCCCUCCCAGCCUCCCACUGACUCCCUGGAGGUGAUGGGGCUGAUGGAGAGCCUAAACCUGGCUCAACAGAGACCAGUACUGUGUGAGAAUCAAGGACAGCUUGUUUUCUUCUUCUCUUAAGGGCACAUAAUUCACUUUUCCUGAGACCUACUCAGGUGUUCCAAGUCGUCCAGCAGCAAACCAGGCAAGUUUAGCAUCCUCCCUCCCAAGAUGGAUGUGGGUCUGCAGCCAUGAAUCUGCCAAAAUGAAGCAGCAGAGAGGCUGGAAUAGAGAGGACAGCAGGGCUCUAAGUGGGCACUGUGUUACAGACCAGACCAGAGCAGGACUUGGCUUGUCCCCUUCCCUGCAAGGGCAUGUCUGCUCAACUCCCCAGAUCUGGAGAAAACAAACUCAGUUCAUGCCACUCCCAUUCUGGCAUGACCCACCUGUCUCUGCACUCUGAUUACAGAGACCAUUACUUGGUAUGGAACAGCAAACAAGGCACACAGGAUCACACAAAUCCAGUUUUUCAUUUAAAAGGGAAGACAGCAGGCAAUGAUUUUCCUGGCUAUCUCAUCAGGCUGGGCAGCUGCACUGGUAUGGGGGUUUCUUCCUGCAGCUGGAUUGCUGUAGGAUUUCCAAGGAAAUACAGGAGAAAGGCAUUUGAAAAGCCACAAUCACUGCUCCUGCACCUCCCAAAAUAAAAUAAUCUUGAUUAUGACCAGCUGAAACUGUUUCUUACCAUUGUUAAGGUAGCUGCUGGCAGAGGGGGAGGGAGCUGGGAGCCAAGACAAAAUGAGGAGGGUAUGGCCCAAGAGGGACGUAGGCAGGAUUUGCACUCAGGGAGCAUGGCUAUGGGACUGACAAAAAGCCACCAAAUCCCACUGUUCCCAUUCUAUGGCAUCACUGAUCACAUAAGCAUCACCCUGGGCUGCAAGUGCUGACCCACACCUGUCCCAGCAAGCUGCAUGUUCCUCUUCUCUAAAAAACACAGGACCCUCAGCAGCACUUGCACCAACUACUGCUUGCUGUGCUCUGUCAAAGAGACCAUCCAAGACUGGGCUGCACAGGAGCUCUGGAAAUACAACAAGUUUGUAACACAGAUAAAUCCUGCAGGAGGAGGAAACUUUGGGGUUUCUACACCUACCCAGUUGCAGAUGCAGCAGGGUGGCACAAGGACUUGUGCACAGGGUGCCUCACUGAAUCUCUGUAGUGUCACGGUGUCAUGCUCCCUGACCAGGAAAGUGUUUGACACCCCAUGGCAUGUGCUUGCUGACUUCUGGAGCUGCAUCCUGCAGUGGCUGUGGUCUCUUAGAGCUGGCAGUCACCAGCAGAAGCAUGAAGGCAGGUGCUGCCACAUGGAAUGGGUGUCUCUUCCCACUCCCUACUGUCUGUGGGAAUUAACAAUGCCUCCGUUAAAAAAUCCUUCGAGCCAAGGUCAGCCCAAGCAGGUAACUGAGGUGGCAAUGCAGGAGCACUACAGGAACACCACCAUCAACCCUGCUACCUAUCAGCCUGAGGCAAACUGGUUGUCCAUCUCCAAAAGUUCUGCUAAGGUGCCAGCUGUCCUUCUGUGUCACAGAGAGCACAUCUCCAUGGGGUUGGGGGUCUGAUGGUGCUGGCAGCAAGUCUGUUUAUCCCUUCUUUGCAUCUUGUGUCUUCCUCCCAAUGCCAAAGGGAUGCUCUCUCAGUAUAUGUGCUUGUGUCUUUGCCAUGGCCAUCCAUCUUCUCUGGCCUGAGAUUGUCCCUGUCCCAGGGAUGUCUGCACAUCUUGAGGGUUCUAAUUUCCAGUGGCCCAUAAAUAUCUCCUGGUAGUAAGUGCUGUCUAGGGAAUACUCUCCUGGUGCUCCAUAGUCCCCAGAGACCUCUAUGACAGAUCCUUAAGAAAGCCAGAUUUACUCCCAGGACAAUUGUUUGUAAGCGAUGCUUGGGACUGGAGUCCUGCUGGCAUCUCUGAACCCGCCUGCAUGUAGCUUAGCAUCUCCCAGAUUUUGGGACCACAUCAGUGUUUCUUGUCCUGUACUUUUAUUUUCUGUCAUCAUUGUGCACUCAAGAACAUGUUCCCUGACCAGACUGUUUGUUAUGCAGUAAUCAGCCCUGUCCUUCACCCACUGCAGGUCUGGCAGCACCUUCUAAUCCCUACAUGUUUACCUUUAGGAUGUCCCUGUCUCUAAAGCAGGUUUUUUCAGCCCUGGGCAGAGGGCAGAAAAGAUGCUGUUCAACCAGCACAGUCAUCAUUCUACUACUGCAUCAAAUCCCCAUGGGCCAAAAUUAGGUGUGAGACUUACCUGAAAACAUGUGAUUGGCUUUAAAUUCCUGAGUUUAGAACCUAAAACCAAGCAACAAGAAUAAACAGGGAACACUGGGUUGCCCAUAUAUGUCCCUAUGCCUGAGCCUCAAAGAGAAGUUUCUCAAGGUCUCCACUGAGAAAUAGGAAUAUUUUCCUUGAUUGGCAUGGGCCUGGUAAUGAGAAUUUUAAGGAAAUGGCUAUGCAAGAGAGAGUGGUGUUUGCAGGCAGGGAGACCCGCUGGAAAUGGCUCACUGAGAUGGCAAUGCCAGGGUACAUUAUUAGGCUUGCUUUGUCCCAUGACACUGGUGAAGAGCAAAGGUGGUAUUUCAUUAAAACUGCCUUAGGAAAUCGUUCCACUCAGACCCUCCACUCAGAAGGGUGGAGAAACUUUUGACUGCUGGUUUGGUGGGCACUUUAACAGCCCUUGCAGGCUGGUGCCCUUCCACCAAGGCACAAGCUGGAGACCAAGAAAGCAUGCAAGGGAAAGCUCUGGGAGCAUAGUAACACAGCCAAAAAUAGAAGCAGUCAUUGACACCCGUGUUUGUCAGCUUCAUGCUGGGUUGCUGAGGACAUGCUUGCUUUUGGCAAGUUGUCCAGGAAGAGCUGCCAUCCAUCUGGGAUACUGAGCACUGACACAGGCUAAAUAAGGAGGGGUGCUUUGAAAGCAGCACAUAAUUAAUGAAGGCAUGAAAUGCCCUUGUCUGACUAUGAUCUGAGAGCACAGUGCCAGGGGGCAACACCACCCGGGCCCCUCCAUGUGUGCUGCUGAUCAUAAAUCCAUGGCACGGUGGUCAUCACAGCGAGGGAUGCUGCAGCACAGAGCUGUCUGGGGACCCACAUUCCAGUGCUGCAGCAGCCUGCCUUGUUGUGUCCACACCAAGCCGUACCCGAGUCCUCCUGGGAGCAGGGAAAACCACAUGAAAUCCCAUCCCAGACUAAAACCAUCCCAUGUCCCGGCCUAAAAGCACCCCACUGUAAAACCUGGCUCGGCCCAAAAUCAUUCGAUGAAAAGCACAUCCCAGCCCCAAAGCAUCACAUGGAGAGCCCAGCACAGCCCAAAGGCAUCCAUUAAAACCCCGUUGCAGCCCCAAAGCAUCUCAUGAAAACCGCACCCCGACGCAAAAGCAUCCCGUCAGCGCCAAACCCCGAUCCCCCCCAGCCCCGGGGGCACCUCCAUCCCCGGACAUCCCCAGCAGGUCCAGCCCCCGGAGCCCCCCGGAGCUGCCCUUCCCG